AAUCGACUCUUCCCGUACUGUCUCUACUCCGAGAUACUAGCAUGUUAUGGCAAAUCCGAAAAGCUAAAAGGAAGACUCACGAAAUCAUUUAUACUCCUCAGCUGAAGUAGCGCAACUACUCAGUAUAAGACUGUAAUCGUUAUCUUCGUCAUGUCGAACUGAUUCAGAAUACAUUUAUUUGAAUGAAGACCUGGUAGGAAACCUGUGGGUUCGUUAGCAGAUUUCACAUGCCUUGUGUUCCAGCUCCCUACUAUGGAUGAAAGCAGCCUGGAGCAGGCCAUUGAGACCUACACGGCUCAGCUUCAGCAAGUCGAGGCUGCGCUGGCCUGUGGACUAGGAUCUUCUGAUGAGGCAGACCUGCUCAAACUGAAAGAGGAUCUGGUCCAGCUCAUAGAGCUCACCGAGUCCAGCCUGGUGUCAGUUAAGAAGAGCCAACUAUUGGCGUCACUUGAGGGUAUCACAACGCAACAGACUGGCCCUGCAGAACCCCAGGAAAGACCCACAGAGGUCAACUUGGAAGAUGAAUUUAACACCUUCUAUUCUGAGCUGUCCGAGGGUGCGAGUGAGGAAGCACGAGGCUCCAGACCGGAUGAGGAUGAAAAUGAGACUGAGGAGGAAGAAAACAUAAGUGGCGCUAAAGUACGGGCGCCUUACUACACCUCAUGGGGGACGCUUGAAUACCACAAUGCUAUGGUUGUGUGCUCUGAGGAGCCAGAUGGGGAAGAGGCUAGAGUUCGUGUGCUCUAUGUCCAUCCUACCCACAAGUCCAUGAAGCCUUGCGUUUUUUUUCUGGAAGGCAAAUGUCGCUUCAUGGACAGCUGCAGAUACUCUCAUGGGGAGGUGGUGUUUGUGUCAGAGCUGAGGGACUUUCUCGAAGCAGAUCUUACAAACUUGCAGCAGGGGUCCUCCUGUUUAGCCAAGCAUGAGGACGGCAUCUGGUAUCCUGCCAAAAUUUCAGAAAUCGAGGGAGGCUUCUACACCGUGAAGUUUGACUCGCUGCUGCUGAAGGAAGCCGUCCUGGAAGCCGAUUGUCUCAUUCCUCCUUUGCGACAGGACGAAAACUCCUCUUCCUCUUCAGAAUCGGAGGAUGAUCUCGAACAAUGCGACGCAGGCUACGCCAAAGUGUUCAGUUCCAGUAAAGAAGAGGAAACUGUCACAGCAAACAGUGCUGAGUUCUGUGGCUGGGAGGCUCACACACGUGGAAUUGGGUCCAAGCUCUUGCUGAAAAUGGGCUACGAGUUAGGAAAAGGUUUGGGGAAAACGCUUUCAGGCCGCGUGGAGCCCGUUCAGGCCGUGGUGCUACCGAAAGGCCGCUCGUUAGACAAGUGUGCCGAGUUUACACAUCGCAAGACUCAAGCUGCGGUCGCCAAAAACAAUCCCACCUCAAUCAAACGGAAAAUGAAGAGAAAGCGGUCUUCCGGCUCGACCCGGCCCGACGUGUUUGACUUUCUGAACUCUAAACUAGGAGAUUCCACUCAGUCUGCUUCAGCUCCUUCCUGCUCCAUCAGUGGUGUGGAGGUGUACAAGGGAGGAAAGAGCACCAAGCGCUCACUUAACGUUCAGCAUCUUCAGACCACAGAGAGGAUGAACCAGGUGGAGAGAGAAAUCCAGCGGCUCACCGACUCUCUGAACAGGAGAAACGGAAGGGAUGCUGCAGUUAUUAGUCAUAUGGAAGAGAAGCUCUCGGCAUGUCGUGAGCUGCUGCGGCAGCUGAAGUCUCAGGAGCAGUCUAUCCAGAGAGCUCAGAAGAAAGCGGAUACUCAUAAGAAAAUGACUGAAUUUUGAAACAUACCUUUUUGCAUAAAGGAGUGUAAAUAAUUACUUAUGGCCUUUUUGUCCUAAUGUUUCUAGAGCUCACGUUUAUGUCAAGCAGUGCUUAAUUUGGGACUUUCUUUUAACAGAACCUCCUCAUGUAACAUUUUACAAAACUAUAAAAUCUGGUCUUCUAAAAAAACUUUUUUUUUUAAUUGUGCAUUUAUUUUGAGAGCUUUUUAAAGUCUCAACUCUGAAAUCCAAGCUGAUGAGUGAAAAGACGGCGGAUGAAUCACAAUGCGUUUAAUUACAUUUUUUGAACUUG